GGGCGGCGGCUGGAAGGCACUCGGGUGAGGCGUUGGAGAAAACUAUGCUGGAGGGCUUCAGCCAUGAACAACCCUGAAAUAAAGCAGUUCCGUUCGGUGGAAGAGGAAAGAGAUUACUGGAAGGAGCAGGCUAUGAAAUACAAACAGUGUGCUGAGAACGCCCAGGAGGAGCUGUGUGAGUUUCAGGAGGGGAGCCGGGAAUAUGAAGCAGAGCUGGAGACGCAGUUGCAGCAGACGGAAUCCCGGAAUAAGGACCUCCGGUCGGAGAACAGCCGGCUUCAGAUGGAAAUGGAGGCAGCCAAGGAAAAGCUCGCGGCACAGCAUUCUGAAGGCUACCAGCAGAUCUCUGCCCUGGAGGAGGAGCUGGCCCAGACCAAAGCCAUCAAGGAUCAGCUGCAGAAGUACAUCCGGGAGCUUGAGCAAGCGAACGAUGACUUGGAAAGAGCCAAGAGGGCCACAAUUAUGUCUUUGGAAGACUUUGAGCAGCGUCUGAACCAAGCCAUUGAGCGAAACGCCUUCCUGGAGAGCGAACUCGAUGAGAAAGAGAACCUUUUGGAAUCAGUGCAGCGCCUGAAAGACGAAGCGCGAGAUUUACGCCAAGAGCUGGCCGUGCAGCAGAAACAAGAGAAGCCGAAGACCUCAGGGCAAGGGCCGCCGGAAGCAGAGAGGAUGGAGACGACUCCCCAGAUAGCCAAGCCACCACCUUUGACGCCUGGGGCCCACAGAGGGCCUAGUGUGGGAAUAAGUACCCCUGGGACAUUCAGGAGAGGUUUGGCAGACAGCUACAGCACCACCCCCCUCACGCCAGCAGCCCGGAUAUCGGCACUCAACAUUGUGGGAGACCUGCUCCGGAAAGUGGGGGCUCUGGAAUCAAAACUGGCUUCGUGUCGCAACUUUGUGUAUGACCAGUCUCCCUACCAAAGUGCCUAUCCCUCGUCAGUCUGUUUGAGCAGAGAUGCCUUUGACCGGCGGAUGAGCAGGCCGCAUGGGUUGGUUAAGCGGCUUGAGCUGGGAACUCAACCCCUGAACGUCCCUGCAUCAGUUGUUCUCCCGCCCCAAGGAGUAGUCCAGAUGCUUCUUUGAGAGACCACAGCGGGGAGGAGACAAAGUGUUCUAUGUACAGAGACUUGGGCCUUUUAGAAAAAAAUCGUAAUAGGAUACUAACAGGCAAUAACUCGUCUGUGGCAAAGGGGAAGAGGUAGGGUGAGACUCGUAAGGGAGAGAAUGAACUGGAUUGUCGUGCAGUGCCAGAAGAGGGCACUGCUGCAGCGUGAGGAGCGGCCUUCCUGCAAGGAAGCCAGGCCUUGCUUUGAUGUUCUCCAGGGGGCAAUGGAUGUUCCCCCCCCCCCGCCCUGCAAUUUGGGCCUCCCCUUCCAGAUACUUGCCUGCCUAGUUGAGCCUCACAGAAUCUAUACUGCUGCAUAUACCUACCUGCAGACUUCUUGCUGCUUCCCUCGGGGUCCAGGAUGCUGUUGUGCUGCUGGCCUGUGACUCUGGCUGCAGAAUCCAGUUACUGGCCAAAGCCACUGUUGGCAAUUGCUGAAGGAAGGCAGCGCAUCUUCUGUGAGCACGACAGCUUGUGUAUAUCCACUGAACCAGGUUUUUCCUUUUUAAUAUCUGAGGGCAGAGCCAGCUCGGCCUUCUCUCUCACACACACAAGUGCCUUUUGAAUUCCUUUUACUCUUCUGGGGUUGCUAAGGAACAGAGAAGCUGACAGUUCGUUUUUUAAAAAGGGGGAGUGUAUUUCUCUGCACACACAGCCAUUUUUUUUCGUCCAAGUGCGGUGUUUAGAAGGUUUCAGGAUUUGACACCAAAGCUUAAUAAUGCGUGACCAGGCCUGGUUUUGCAUAGAAGCUUGCGUUGUGUUAGCAGACCAAGGCCGAAAGGGUGGCAUCUGUUUCUAAACUUUUCUAGGCAUUGUGGGGGGAAGAGUCCCAUGUGAGCCUCAGGGCAACAGAGAGGGCUGUACGUUUUGUGUAAUGGCUCAUGUUUUCAAUGGAGUCUGUGUGUGACAAGAGCUUACUCUACUCUCUCAUGGUCUGAGCAGCAACUGCAGCCUCUUCCAAGUCCGUUUGGAAAGGCCUAAAAUAGCCGGUGUGGAUACAGCAAAUGGAAGAAACAGAAAGAAAAUAAAGUUUCUUGGUUCUCA